GGCAACUUGCGCAACUUGCUUUCGCCUGUCCUCGUGGUGGUGGCGCCUAAGUUCUUCUUCUGCGCUUCAAGGCGGACUACAGCGGCGACCGUAGCUCACAAUUACAUUUGACAAGUCCAGCAGAAAUCAGACGAUGAAGUCGAUUACGGAGCUGGCUCCACCGGAUCUGGACAUGUCCGAGCAGGACGGCGAUCUGCUGCGCGAGCUGGCCGAAACGCUCACGGUGCACAACAUCCAGCAGUACAACACACUGCUCAAGACCAAGGACGGCUUCGCCGACAACCGGCGCUGGAAGGAGCUGCGUCGCAAGGAUGGCAUUCGUGUCUACCGCGAGCGCAGCCGUCACAACGGUCUGCCCUCCACACCGUCACUGCUACUACUCGGCACCAUCGAGGGCAAGCUCGACGACGUCAUGUACGGUGCCGUAGCCACCACGGACGAGGCCAUCCGCAUCAAGUCCACCUGCGUUCAGGACGGCAUCAUCGACAGCAAGGUGCUGCAUGAGCUGGUUCAGCCGACGGUGGAAGAUCCAUUCCAUCAUGUGAGCAUCAAGUGGCGCCUCUACAACAACCAGCGUGACUACGUGUCGCUGGACACUACGGGCAUCGCACACACCGUCAAGCGCGAGCGCAUCGGCUACAAUAUCUCGCACUCGGUGGCCUUUGCGCAGAUCCCCGGCAUGGAGGAGACCCACGGUAUCGAGCGGGGCAACAUGUCGGUUUGUUCCUUAUAUCUCCAGAAAACUCCGACAACCGUCGAGUGCUACGUGCGCGGCUUCUUUGACUUCCACACACAGAACGAAAUGGUCAACACCAUGUCACUCCAAGCCAUUGCAGCGCAAUGGGCAUGCUUCGCACGGAAGCGCGAAUGUGCAUUGAUGAAGAAGCUAGUGUGGCGGAUGCGGAAGAGCUCAGGCUGUACGGCAUCGCUGUCUCUACCCAACGACCGGCCAUCGAUCACUCAGCAACCACCAGCUCGAAUUCGAGGCCGAUGUGCAGUUUGUUCAAGGAGCUUCGGGUUCCUGGGCACAAACCACAAGAGCUGCAAGAGCUGCCUACGACAAGUCUGUACUCGAUGCUCCUCCAAACAGCUCGUAUGUAUCGUGGCUCCAGACCAGCGUACUGUGCUCGGGAAAAAGAGAAGCUUUUGCUCCACAUGCCUCACCGAUGCAGCAAACUCCGACGCACUGGAAGUUGCCCAAGAGGAGCUGGCUAGCUCAAAGGCGUACCGUGAAACAUGCCUGGCCAAGGCUCAAGAGAUGGCUCGGGCAUCCAGAGCCAGCUUCAUGCAGAGUGCAGUCUCCCGUCACAGCCGGAUCAACAGCCGAAGUGGAAUCUGCCGGAACUCCAUGGCUGCAUAGUUUAGUGGGGGAGAAAGUGACCUUAUCUAGUAUUGGCUUUUAUGGAAAUGCUCGACUAACUCGCCCGAGAACUGUAAUAACACGCUAUUAGUCUGGUUCGUCAUAUCCAUGAUACCUACGUGGUUUCUUGC